AUGACGUCCCUCCCGCUAACGCCAGGCCCGGAGGCGCCCAAGCACCGGCUCGCCUGUUCACUCUGCGCCCGCCGCAAGGUCAAAUGCGACAAAGGCGACCCAUGCUCGAACUGCCUCAAGGCACGCGCAGAGUGCCUAUAUGACUCUGCCGCCAUACAUCGACCGCGGAAGAGAGCCGCCGAUGAAGAGCUGCUCGCGCGACUGGCCCGCUAUGAAGACCUGAUGCGGCAACACAACGUCGACUUCACCCCCUAUGCCAAUUCCUGGGUGCAUUCGGGCCUGGAGGGGCCGAUAAAGGAGAACCCCGAGAGUCCACAGCUCAAAUACCCAUCCCUCCGCCACAAAGACGACCCCUUCCUGCACCCCACCCCAUCCCUCGAAUCCAUCUGCAGCACCCCGCAACCUCCACUGGACUCCCUCCACCCUGAACCUAGACACAUCUACCGAUUCUGGCAGAUCUUCGUCCAAAGCGUCAACCCCCUCACGAAAAUAAUCCACGUCCCGACCCUCCAGCAGCGCAUCCUGGACGCAAGCUGGGACCCGACCAACACCCCUGCCCCACUGACGGCCAUGCUCUUCGCCAUCUACACGCACGCCGUGACAGCCCUCUCCCCAACCAGCUGCUCCACCUCCUUCCAGUCAUCCCGAGCCACCCUUCUCACCCGCUACCGCACCGCGACCCUGCGCGCCCUAAUCGCCGCCGACUUCCUGACGACCCGCACGCUGGAAGUGCUCCAAGCCUUCGUGCUCUUCCUCCUCUCCAACCCCGAAUGCGAACUCACCUCCACGCUAACCGGCUCGGCCAUCCGGGUGGCGCAAAAACUCGGGCUCGACCGCACGACCCACGACCCCAAACUCUCCAUCUUCGAGAACGAAAUGCGCGUCCGCCUAUGGGCGCAGCUCCGCGGACUGGACUUCCGCUGUCGCGCCGUCUACACCCCGGCCAUGAAACCGCCGCCGGUGUCCUCCCUCGGCGACUUCCGCCUGCCCCGCAACGUCAACGACGCAGACCUCCACCCCGACAUGCAGGAGCCACCAAUCGAGCACACCGGCCCCACAGAGAUGCUCUGCGUGCUGAUGAAACUCGAAGUCACGCUCUGGCGAAAGUCAUCCCCGACAGCCACGAAAGUCUUCGAGAGUAUCCUCGAGGGCCCGCACCGCUCGAAAGCCCCCACGUCGACGGACCUCGAGGACGCCGCGAUCCGCGAACUCGAGGCCAUCUACCAGGAAAAAUACUUCCGGUGUACCGAUGAGCGCAUCCCGCUGCACGCUGUCACCCGGGCCAUGACGCGGUUGGCGAUUGCGCGAUUGCGCUUCACGGCGCGUCAUCCGCGGGGUCGCGCGGCGGGGAUGAUGGGCGCGGAUCUGUACGUGACGAGAGAGGAGAAUGAUAUGUUGUUCGAGUCGGCGUUGACGUGGUUGGAGAUGGUGGAUGUGUUGAAGCGGAGCGAGUUUUCGUUUCAUCUGCUGGCGCAUUUGACGUCCCGGGCGAGUGUCGAUGCGUAUAUUUGUGUGUUGAGCGAUCUGAGACGACGGUGUAUGGGGGCUAGGGUCGACUUGGCGUGGCGGUUGGUGGAGGAGUUGUUUACGGAGCAUGUGGAGUUGGUGGAGGAUGUGGAGAAUUCGUUUUUUGUCGCCCUGGGUGAUUUGACCGUUGAGGCGUGGGAGGCGAGGAGGAAGGCGUUGGAGGGGGAGGGUGAAGGGUUGGGUGAAGGGGGUGUGGUGACGCCUUGGUUUGUGCAGUCGUUGUGGGAGAGGAGGCAUAGUGUGGGUGGUUCCGGGGGGCAGGUCUCUGUGCCUGUGCCUGGGUCUGUGCCUGGGUCUGCUCCUGGUGCUGGGAGUCCGCUGGAGGUGCAUGGGUUUGGGGUCAUCGAUGAUCAGGAGUUGAAUUGGGAGUAUUGGAAUGAUUUCUUGCGGCUGUGA